CCUGUAAAAAUCAUAAUACUAUUUUCAUAUUUAUAAUAAUAAUGAUUUAACAAAGUGAGGGAUAUGAUGAAAUCCUUUACUCAUUUUGUUUAGGUAUUUAACUAAACUUUUAAUCUCGAUGUGUUGUUUUUCUUUUUAAUUUUUAAAGCUCAGUAAAUAAAAUGCAGCUAAAAACCAAUCUAAAUAGGUACAACAAGAGUUUAGGCAGUAGUUUAAUUGUUAGAAAUGUUUUUUGCAUAAAAAAAAAACAUCAAGAUUGUUUUACCUUUAUUUAAAUAUCUAAACAAUACUAGUAUAGUUUGAUGUAGUUAUGUAUUUAGGUCCGUACGAUACACCACACACAUCCAGAAAAACAUACCUCACUCAAGUUCUUGGUUUUAGGUGAUGACUGCAAGAAAAAAUGGAAAAUGAUACGCGAUUCCUAUACAAGAUAUAGAAAAAAAAAUAAGGCGGGUACUGGGUCAGCCGCAGCAAAAAACGCAAAAGACAAAAGGUACAAACAGUUGUCGUUCCUAGACAAUAUUCCCGAACACAGAUCGGGCGGUACAAAUAUAAUAGCCUCACCUUCGAAUGUCACUGAUAAUGAGGAUAGUGUUGAUUCAGAUCACCUAGAAAGAGAAUCACAAAAUCAAGAUACCGAGGAAACGGAAACAUCACUGGUUCUAAAUGAGACUCCAAUCAAAGUAAAACGCCUUAAACAUAGCGACGAUAAUAUAAUAAAAAUUUGGAAAGAAAGAAAUGAAAAAAGGCAAGAUUUAAUGAAGACUAUUAUCCAACGCAAGGAUGACGACGUGCAACUUUUCUGCAAUUAUAUUGGUAACGUUUUACGAAGUCUACCGCCUUUACAAAAGGCUGAAGCGAAAAGGCAUAUUAGCUCUGUUGUAUCAGAUUAUGAAAUCUUGGCAGCAAGAAUUACGACCGGAACAGAGAGAUCAGAUACGCUGAGUUCCUCGUAUACAUCUUCACCAGAAGGGUCAGAGUCUUCAACGAAUGUAUCUCCAGGCCCUAGAGAUACACAUCAUCUAUCAAUACUUGGCCAAAGCCCUGUUCAACAUAUUACAGACCCAUAUUCUCCUAUUGCGGAUGUUCAAUCACCAGGACAUGUAUCAUCACCAGAACCUACAGCUUUACGUACAUCUAAUCAAGACACUGAUGAUAGUCUCCAAGACUUUUUUAAUUUAUAAACUUAACUCACCUUAAUGUUAUGAAUAAUUUUUCUUCAGCGUUGAUAACUUCCUUGCGAGAAACUUUUGCUUCAAUUUUGUCAGCAAUUAAACUAUGAAUAAAACUGAA